GCCUUGAUGUAGUGUAGUAAAUAUGAAAAACGGCUCAUCUUACCCCACUCUCCCCUAUCAUUUUUCUCGUCAGGUUUAAAUGAAAAGUUUCCUGAACUACACCUGAAGGCAGCAUCACCGCCUCUGAUUCGCAGCUGUCACGUUUACGUCACGAUGCUGAAUCAGGUACGUAUCAUCCGAGAAACGCAAUCAGUCUCCACAUAAUUUCCAGGUGAGUGUUAUUGUGCAAUCUCCAUUUUUUACCUGUGAGCAGCAGAGGGUUGUUUUGCAACAGCGUUACACGAUGACACGCCAGUGGUUUUGGACACGCAGCAAUAAUCCUCAAUAAUUCCUCAAACAAGUUUGUACACGAGCAGAUGAGCUGUGGGAGAUGAAGUAAAGGACCUCACCCCCAGCUGAGUUCAACAGUCUCGGAGUGUGUCUGGGUCCGUGAGGCUGUCUUUCUGUGAGUGUACCACUGGGUCUUGAUUCUCGUCUUGUUGCUCCACCUCCACCUCCGUAGUGAAUUUAAGUCGCAGUUCAGCCGCGGAGAAGCGUUUUCUGAAGAGGAAGCACACGGCCAGGCCCAGGAUUGAACUGCUCAAGAGAAACGGACUGAAAAUUCACCAUGGCAGAGAAUAAGAUGGCCCCAAACCUCCAGGCUGGGGCAGGAUUCCUCGCUAAACGGGUCCAGAAAUCUUUAAAUCGAGCUCAGGAAAAGGUAAGCCGGGUUAAUUAAUUCUCUAAAACUACGAUGACACGUUGUUGCUGUAGUUACACUAAAACCACUUUAACGUGCUCUUUAAACCAGGAAAAACACAUCUUUUAGCCAAAAUUCAUACUCUGUGUGAGGCUGUAGGAGUCAUCAGACCUCUCCACAGAAACAGGCCGUUGAAGAAAGAGCUUCUCUGGAAAGUGAAGACAUACAGGCUCCAUGAUGGAUACAGCUCAAGUAAAAUAUUUCCCGCAAGACUCCCACACUGACCUCAGCAACAUUAUUCCCAAUCUGGGGUCUAUUAUUUAGCUCUGUAACCAAGUGUUAGCUGACACACCAAUGAGUCUCCUGGUCAGGGGAUGAAAGUAUGUCAUGCAUUUUUUUCUGGACUGUAAGCAAAGCAUGUGAUUGUGACCAUGCAGGUAGAGAAAAGGCUCUUUAUUUUCACUAUGUUAGUGUAGAAGGCCACAAACAUCACGCUCCAGCCUUAUACUCUGUAAGUAUGUACUUUGACGAAGAGCUGGCCUGUUUCUGUUCUGAAGAAAAGCAUUAAAAGUGGCCAUUUCCUACCCUGAGCAUCAUAGUGUUGUUCAGUGCUACACAGCUGUGUGAACAUGAAAGCUGUCACUUCCUGACCUUGCACUUCCUCUCGCUUGUUGGGUCUUUCUCACCGUGUUUGUGGUUGACAUGUUUCAUUGUACUGCUCCACCUAAAAACUUCAGCUACACACAUUUGAUAAGCCACAGUAGGCCUAUUUUUGUUAUCCAGAGAUUUGUUGUAUCAUGUAAACUGAAGGACAGACAUGAUAAUGAGGGUGUUUGUUGCAGAAUUAGAGUUUAAGGUCAUUCAGACUCUCUCAUAGCUGCAAGCAGUGGACUGAGACGGACAGAGUAAUAGUUAACCUGGUGUGUACAACUCAUGGUAGACAUGCUGCACAUGCAACAGAUGGGGAAUGUUAGUAGUUUUAAGCAGCUAAAUCAAUCAGAAUAAAUUAUACCAAUAAAACCCUGCACAGCUAUAAAUGUGACAACCAAUGUGAUAGUGAACAUUUCUGGUCUUCCAGUGUAGAUGGCAGAUAUCUUGAUGAUUGAUUGUGGAUGUCCUAGCCUCGACCUCCAUCUUUGUGGUCUGAAAGUAACCUCAGAGCCAACAAUGUAGUUGAAGUUGAGGGACAAUAUCUAAGGUCAGGCUCUACUUAUCUGCACUCAGAUGCAGAUAUGAGUUAAUAAUAGAGGUCAACUUAAAGCCUGAUUGUGGACUUCAGGAUUGUCUUUCACUGUGAGCUGAAAAAAUAUGAACUGCAGAACAGGCUGUUCAGUACAUGAGUCAAGUAGACAAAGGUAAGGUCUUCUGUAUCCAAGUGUUGUUUAUGUGUUUGUCAUGUGUUCACAGGUUUUUGAAUUGUGAUAGAAGCAACAAUAUGUGUCUAUAUUCACACUUCAGCUGUGAACAGGAUACAUGAUGAACAGAUAGCCGAAAUGAGUGGAUAUAUUAAUCUUAUGAAUUUAGGAAGAGUCGUCACCCUUUUUAUUGUAGCACCCUACAGUAAGAUGUAUGAUUCAUAAUUGACAGGCUUAUAAGGAGCUAUAUGGAUCUAGUCUGAUGCAGUACCCACAUGUACUUGUAUGAUGCAAUACGGAUAUUGACAGCUUGGCUGAUAGUUGGACAGUUGUGUAGGUAGUAGUAAUGUAGCCACGUCUUGUCACCAUGCCCCCGAGACUUCUUUUAAUUUCCAGCCUAUGGUCUUCAGACUACAGUACCUUCAAAUUCAUCACUUCAUAGGCAAAGUCAUCAGAAUUUAUUUGGCCUUAAAGACACAUUUUGCCUUUUUGUUGUCCUUGUUUUUUCAAAUGUUAUACGGUGUGCACUUUCAGACUUUGAUCUGUCAAAUGAAGAGGAUGUCCCCACAACUACAGAAUAAAAGGUUUACUUCUGUCUUUGUAUGUUGAAUCUUACUCUGUUGUCCUCUCUCAGGUCCUUCAAAAGCUUGGCAAAACCAUGGAGACCAAGGAUGAGCAGUUUGAGCUUUGCUGCCAGAGCCUCAACAAGCAACAGGUAAACAACACAAAACCUUGUAACUCGGGAAAGAGCCUUCUCAUCCUAGUCUCUUCCUAUCCAACAAAAGCCAUGUUGACUUUUUUUGACCUGAAAAUGCUGGUAAAAUGAAACAACUUUGUCCACAGAACUUAUCUCAAAUCCAUGGUUAAACUGAGCACAAUUUAAUCUCCCAGAAAGACUGUGUUUUGUUUUUGCUGCUGAGAUGCCAACCCACAAGGUCAGAUAAUCAGCGUGGCAUUAACAACAGGAAAUACUCAAAGCAAGCUGCUUCUCUUUAUAAUUUCUUUAUCUUCUUUGCAUGAACCCUGUUUGCUGUGUCUUUUAUUGAUAUCUUUACACAAAAAUUACCUUGAUACUAAAAGAAAUAUUCGCGUUACACACAAACUCACAAAUGUCUUGGCUAAGUUUUUGGUACUUGAAAGGUCUAAAGCAGGCAACUUCUGAAACGGGAAACGAUACAACCUUGCUUUUCAAACCUUACACACAUACACAGUCCAGCUUGGUCUGGUACGUCAACUCCGAACUUCAGCCGUUACAAAAUAAGUUAUAACUGUUAUACCUUUAGCCUAAUUUCUGCUUGUGUUUUCACAUUCAUUUUCAUCUUGUUACCGACCUGUGGCCGCAGUUACUGCUGUUGGGGAAAAAAGUAACAUGAGUUAGCAAAGGCAUUGCUCAAGCUCGUUCAGUGUUAAACACAAGGGCAGCACAUUUUGGAGGGAAACCACGGAGGAACAACAGGAAACCAUUCUACAUCCUGACAAGACACGGCACUUUCACUUCACCACAAACAUCACCAACACAAAUGUUGUGAUUGUAAAAUGUUUUCAGAGUUGACAUUAUGGUCAUGGGAUCAGUUUAAGUGACUUAUUGCAGCUUAAAAGUCGAUGAGUAAAGUCACCCUGCUGCAUGAUUUGAUCAUUCUUGGUUGCUGGGGAAAUGAUGAGGCACAGAUCUGACAUAGAGAUACUCUCACUGGGUGUCACUGAAUUAGACUUUUUUUGACUGCAAUCUUCCUUUUUUUUCUGCACACAGGUCGAUGGAAACAGAGUGUUUAAAGAUGUCAAAGCUUACUAUUCAGCUGUAAAAGGUAAGUGUUAAAGCACACACAACAUAUACAGAGAUAAGUCUCCAUAGAGGAGGUUCCUCUCGAGUUAGUGAAAAUAGGGAAGUAGUUUUUUUUCUAUUCUUGGAUUCUGCACUGACUUUUGCAAUUCCGUCUGUGUUGCCAAGUUGUACAACCACAAGCACCCCCCUGCCCCCAUAGUUUAAACAGCAGAUGCAGCAUUGUGUAUGUGACUCAUAUGCAAUAACCAGUUAUGAUUUUAGCGUGUCAGCUUUUGCUCCUGCAUUGUAAGCGCCGUUCAGGAAACCAGUGUUGUUCUGACCUUCUCAGGCUGGGCGUAGCAACAAUGCUGCAAACCUUAAAAAAACACCACAACAAUGCACUGUGCUGCUGAUGCUAAAUGAUAAUAUGGUCCUUUUUGGGUCAUGUUGGAAACCGUUUUUCUGUCUCCCUACAAUUUUCUACUCCCUUUUACAGCAGUGCAUGAGGCAUCCAAACGGCUCUCCCAGACACUGCGAGACAUCUAUGAGCCCGACUGGAACGGAGUGGAGGGUCUUGCUGUCAUCACAGAAGUAUGUUCUUCAUGAGUUUAUGGGAUUCCUUGCAUUUGAACAGUUAUCUGUGAUCUAAGUCCAUAGAGGCAUACUUUGAUUUGAGUUACAACAGGUCGGGCUUGUUUGCUUGGAGUUUAUUUCAACUUGAACAUUUAAAAAGCUGGAUCCAAUUCAAGCUUAUCAAAAGUCCUUUCAGGUUCAUGCCAGCAGACUGAGACUUUUGAUCUCUUCCAUCUCAGUGUGUGUGUUUAAUCUACAGCUGGUCAAUGCUUUGUAUUGGAUCAGCAGCUAGUUUCUCACAUCAUAAUGCAAGUAACAAACACCUGAGUGCUGCAGUCAUACAGCCACAUCAAUCUAGCAUAAAGCUGAAACACCAGUGCUCACACUGAGCCAGACUACUUAUUUCUACAUUAGCUUCCAUGCUAAGUCUCUGCAUCUUGCUUAAUAAUACAAACUCAAGCUACGUCUUACUCCUGAGGGCGUUGAGAAAACACCCAAACACACAUUAAUGAGGUGGAGGUUAUUGGUUGCUUCAGUUUACAGGUGUUAGCUUAUAUGCGAUUUAAGUUGCAUCACAGCUAACACCAUGUAAUGUGAGCGAGGCAAUGUUUUACAUUGUGCAACAGGGCUGAGUGGUCAACUGGUUAAAGCUGUCUAGCUUACUUCAAGGUGAAACCAAACCACGUCACUUGAUUCAUAACUGGAUCCAUGUGUCCUUGACAGAGUGAAGAUUUGCUGUGGAACGACUUUGAAGAGAAAAUAAGCGACCAGAUUGUCCGCACCAUGGAGAAUUAUACAAGCCAGUUCCCUGAGGUCAAGGUAACCUGAUGUUUUAUAACCUCCUGCAUUAGUUCCUGCAAAAUUUGUUCUUGUACUAGAAUGUCAUCUAGGCCUCUCAAUUAACACUAUGUGUGAAACUAGGGUUGGGCGAUAUGGCCUCAAAUCGAUAUCAUGAUAUAUUGAGCAGUUCAUCUCGAUAACGAUAAAUGGAUGAUAACUACUCCAGAAGCUGCUCAGCCCCUCCCACAUUAACUUUGUCUACUUCAGCCACCGCUACAACUCUUGAACCUUUCUCCAUCUCCUCACCUGUCUUUUUCUCUUUGUUAUGGACUGGAUGGGGUGGAGUCACGUCGCCGACAUAGGACAGCGUCUCAAAGGGACAUGAGACCAUAACCGACUACAUACACCCAAAACCAACUUUUAUUUAUUAUUUUUUUUAAUAUAUUGACACGAGAAAAAUGACAUUGGUUAUUGUCGUAAAUUUCGGUAUCAGUAAAUUUUUGGUUUAUCGCCCAGCUCUAUGUGAAACAGAGAUGUUCAGUCUCCUACAGGAAGAAGAAGAGAAGUGUUAUCAUAAUCACUUUGUGUUUCAGGAACGAGUAGCUAAGCGUGGUCGCAAGCUAGUGGACUACGAUUCAGCAAGACAUCACCUGGAAGCACUUCAGAGCGCCAAGAAAAAGGAUGAAGCAAAAAUAACAAAGGUAGUUUUAAGUCUUUGGUCACUCACAUCAUGGAUUUGAUGAUUGAUCUCAGCUGAUUUUACCAACUUCUUACAAAUUGACUUAAACAGGCAGAGGAAGAGUUCAAUAAAGCCCAGACUGUGUUUGAAGAAAUCAACAGUGAACUGAGGGAGGAGCUGCCUGUUCUUUAUCAGAGGUACGCUUAACUGUGUAUCAGCGCAAAUUUAAGCCACUGUGAGAAGUUUUAACUGGUAAUAAAAUAGACUGAUACUAAGACUGGGGCCUGUUUGUGACCUGCAAAAGCAAACCAGACAAUCAUCAACAAGAGUUAAUAUUUUUUAAGCUGAAGACUAAACUCUUUGUUGACAACAUUAACAGCUAAGUUCCAGAGCAAGCGAUACCUUCUCUUCAUACCGCUGCGUCUUUUUUUUUAAUUGGUGUUAAAAAAAUUGUGUAUUCUUGAUCAAAAGCAUUCACAGAUUGGCUCCAAGAAUUGACAUAUUUUUUUGAGAUGGACGUGUUGAUGAACAGAAAGACCAACUAAGAGCUGUUUUUGUGUUUUAGCCGCAUAGGUUGCUACGUGACUGUGUUCCAAAACGUCUCAAACCUGAGGGAUGUCUUCUACAAGGAAAUGAGUGUGGUAAGAUACAACAUGGCUCCUUUUUAUUUCCUUUUAAGGACUCAAGUUGUGUAAAGACUCCAACAUGAAGUCUUUGUUGGUUGUGUGUUGAUGUUGUUAUAUAAUGUGUUGCAGCUAAACCGUGAGCUGUACGAUGUGAUGAAGAAACUGGAGACUCAGCACUCGGGGAAAGCUUUCAUCAUCAAGGGUCUGAACAGGUGAGGCAACAUGUUGCACACGAUACUAUCUAUGAUUUAGAGUUAGUAAUGUGAGCUCUUGUCUGGACUUGUGAGUGAAUAACCACAGGACCUCAGUGCUCCCAUUGAUGUUGAAUAUGCUGAAGUUGUAAUAAAGCGGCUUUGUAUGAAAUGUCCAAAAGUGACAAAUUCCCUUUUUCCUUCCAAAAGCACAACAAGCAAAUCAAAGAAGAGAAAGUCCCUGGUUAUCUCCAACCCAAUCCCCUGCAACACAGCUUUCCCAGCGGACCACGUUUCCAUUCAUGCUUCCACUGAAAAUGGAAAAAAUGCCGCACACUCUCCCCCUGCCCAGAGACCUGAGAGCAUUUCUGAGGACACCAGCCAAGCAGAAGAAAGUAGUGUAUCAUCCAAAGAUGUCCACUCUUCAGACUCUGAUCUCAGCUCCAGUGGUGCCAACACGCCAAAAAGGCAGUCGGUGUGUGACUCUGAGAGCAGCGACAGAAGCACAAAGAGCCAGAGCCCUAAAGAGGAAGAAGAGGCAGCAGCAGAGGCAGGGGCAGACCUUACUACGGACCAGUCAGAUGACUCUGGGGUCGGAGUGUCCAAGUCCGAGGCUGCGAGUCAAGAGGCAUGCAAUCCCUCCGAUUCUCCAGACAGCGAAGCUCCACACAGUCCAGAGCAGGAGAGUGUGAGUGAUCCACCAUCAGAGGCCAAGCCACGGCCCGGGCCCGUUCCUGCCCCACGUCGCUCUUUCCGCUCCACAGAGAGACCCCAUAUUUCACCUGCUGCGGAGGAGACGGAGGACACGGAGGACACAUCAGUUCAUGAGGAGAAAGUGAGCUCAGGAGAAGACUGCAGCUCCGACAAUCCUCCAGGCUUCCUUUACAAGGUACGCAUCUGUGAUCCAGAGGUUUAGGAUCAUCUCAGUGUAUGUUUGACACCAAUACUGUCGGAGCCACCACAGGCUAAACUAAGCAAAUCAGCCUGUUUGUCUCUUUAACAUCAAUGUAAAGUGAUAAUACAAGCUCCUCUCUGCUUUAAACAUUGAAAUUAGAUUCUGACAAUUCACCAAACCUGGAAAAUGAUAUUAGCAGCUUUUAAAGUAAACAGUAAUGUGUAUUUGUUGUGGUCACAAGUACAAGAGAUGCAUUGAUGUGACCUUUUGUUUAUCACCAGGGGGUGGCGUUAGAGAGCCAUGAAGCAUCUGAGGACGGUCUGCUCCAGUUCAAACAGGGAGACGUCAUCCUGGUCCUAGAGGUUGAUCAACAGGUUGGUGUGUUUGUUAGGGCCCGAGCGUAGCUGCUAAGCAGCUGCGAGAGCCCUCUUGUUCCUGCAUGUUUCCUUCUUUCGUUAUUAGGGCCCGAGCGUAGCUGCUAAGCAGCUGCGAGAGCCCUCUUGUUCCUGAUGGAUUCUUCUUUCGUUAGGGCCCGAGCGUAGCUGCUAAGCAGCUGCGAGAGCCCUCUUGUUCCUGAUGGAUUCUUCUUUCGUUAUUUUUCCUCCGCUUUAAACUGGAAAAUGGCCCACUUCCCACUGGCGAAAACUCAGGAAAUUUGGCAGGACGACCGGGCCUGGUGAAAAAUUCGACAUUCUGAAGUCGCCCAAACAAAAAAAUGAAAAAUGGCUCCAUAGCGCCCCCUAUGGUGAAAACUCACCUGACGCCUGUACGCUUUGUCAAAAUGACACAAAAUUUGACACACAUGUGUAUCUCAAUAAGAUCUACAAAAAAGUCAGUGCGGCCGUAUCUGUCAAAUGUACGGUUAAAGGGCUAUUUCGCAUUUUUUGCCGAUCCGCACACAUUGGAAUUUCGCUAACUCCUCCGAAGGCUUUCGUUCCACCGGCAACAAAUUUGCUCAGGACAAUCUACACCCCAUGGCCAUUAAAAGUUGUACAAAUCAUGACGCUGCACCCCAAGGUUUACAUUCUAGGGGGCGCCAAAGAUAACCCAAAAAUCCACAGUCUUAAAAGUCUUAUAACUUUUUAUUUUUGUCCUCACUGGCCUCCAAGUUUUCUAGGAUGAUGCAAUGUCCAGCCAUCAACACAUUUGUAAAGGAAUUUUUACUCCCCAAAAGAGCGCCCCCCCAUGGCAGGAGAAAAAAGUCCAUUUUUUCUUGUCCCCUAAGGUGAAAAUACACAUUGUUGAGUGUCAUGCCUGAACGCUUUGUCAUAUUGACACAAAAUUUGACACACACGUGUAUCUCAAUAAGAUCUACAAAAAAGUCAAAGAGCGCGUAUCUGUAUAAUGUACGGUUAAAGGGCUAUUUCUCAUUUUUUGCCGAUCCGCACACAUUGGAAUUUCGCUAACUCCUCCGAAGGCUUUCGUUCCACCGGCACCAAAUUUGCUCAGGCCAAUCUACACCCCAUGGCCAUUAAAAGUUGUACAAAUCAUGACGCUGCACCCCACGGUUUAGGUUCUAGGGGGCGCCAAAGAUAACCCAAAAAUCCACAUUCUUAAAAGUCUUAUAACUUUUUAUUUUUGUCCUCACUGGCCUCCAAGUUUUCUAGGAUGAUGCAAUGUCCAGCCAUCAACACAUUUGUGAAGGAAUUUUUACUCCCCAAAAGAGCGCCCCCCCAUGGCAGGAGAAAAAAGUCCAUUUUUUCUUGUCCCAUAAGGUGAAAAUACACAUUGUUGAGUGUCACGCCUGUACGCUUUGUCAAAAUGACACAAAAUUUGACAAUCACGUGUAUCUCAAUAAGAUCUACAAAAAAGUCUAAGAGCGCGUAUCUGUAUAAUGUACGGUUAAAGGGCUAUUUCUCAUUUUUUGCCGAUCCGCACACAUUGGAAUUUCGCUAACUCCUCCGAAGGCUUUCGUUCCACCGGCACCAAAUUUGCUCAGGCCAAUCUACACCCCAUGGCCAUUAAAAGUUGUACAAAUCAUGACGCUGCACCCCACGGUUUAGGUUCUAGGGGGCGCCAAAGAUAACCCAAAAAUCCACAUUCUUAAAAGUCUUAUAACUUUUUAUUUUUGUCCUCACUGGCCUCCAAGUUUUCUAGGAUGAUGCAAUGUCCAGCCAUCAACACAUUUGUAAAGGAAUUUUUACUCCCCAAAAGAGCGCCCCCCCAUGGCAGGAGAAAAAAGUCCAUUUUUUCUUGUCCCCUAAGGUGAAAAUACACAUUGUUGAGUGUCAUGCCUGAACGCUUUGUCAUAUUGACACAAAAUUUGACACACACGUGUAUCUCAAUAAGAUCUACAAAAAAGUCAAAGAGCGCGUAUCUGUAUAAUGUACGGUUAAAGGGCUAUUUCUCAUUUUUUGCCGAUCCGCACACAUUGGAAUUUUGCUAACUCCUCCUAAGGCUUUCGUUCUACUGACACCAAAUUUGCUCAGGCCAAUCUACACCCCAUGGCCAUUCAAAGUUGUACAAAUCAUGACGCUGCACCCCAAGGUUUACAUUCUAGGGGGCGCCAAAGAUAACCCAAAAAUCCACAGUCUUAAAAGUCUUAUAACUUUUUAUUUUUGUCCUCACUGGCCUCCAAGUUUUCUAGGAUGAUGCAAUGUCCAGCCAUCAACACAUUUGUAAAGGAAUUUUUACUCCCCAAAAGAGCGCCCCCCCAUGGCAGGAGAAAAAAGUCCAUUUUUUCUUGUCCCCUAAGGUGAAAAUACACAUUGUUGAGUGUCAUGCCUGAACGCUUUGUCAUAUUGACACAAAAUUUGACACACACGUGUAUCUCAAUAAGAUCUACAAAAAAGUCAAAGAGCGCGUAUCUGUAUAAUGUACGGUUAAAGGGCUAUUUCUCAUUUUUUGCCGAUCCGCACACAUUGGAAUUUCGCUAACUCCUCCGAAGGCUUUCGUUCCACCGGCACCAAAUUUGCUCAGGCCAAUCUACACCCCAUGGCCAUUAAAAGUUAUUCAAAUCAUGACGCUGCACCCCACGGUUUACGUUCUAGGGGGCGCCAAAGAUAACCCAAAAAUCCACAUUCUUAAAAGUCUUAUAACUUUUUAUUUUUGUCCUCACUGGCCUCCAAGUUUUCUAGGAUGAUGCAAUGUCCAGCCAUCAACACAUUUGUGAAGGAAUUUUUACUCCCCAAAAGAGCGCCCCCCCAUGGCAGGAGAAAAAAGUCCAUUUUUUCUUGUCCCAUAAGGUGAAAAUACACAUUGUUGAGUGUCACGCCUGUACGCUUUGUCAAAAUGACACAAAAUUUGACAAUCACGUGUAUCUCAAUAAGAUCUACAAAAAAGUCUAAGAGCGCGUAUCUGUAUAAUGUACGGUUAAAGGGCUAUUUCUCAUUUUUUGCCGAUCCGCACACAUUGGAAUUUCGCUAACUCCUCCGAAGGCUUUCGUUCCACCGGCACCAAAUUUUCUCAGGCCAAUCUACACCCCAUGGCCAUUAAAAGUUGUACAAAUCAUGACGCUGCACCCCACGGUUUAGGUUCUAGGGGGCGCCAAAGAUAACCCAAAAAUCCACAUUCUUAAAAGUCUUAUAACUUUUUAUUUUUGUCCUCACUGGCCUCCAAGUUUUCUAGGAUGAUGCAAUGUCCAGCCAUCAACACAUUUGUAAAGGAAUUUUUACUCCCCAAAAGAGCGCCCCCCCAUGGCAGGAGAAAAAAGUCCAUUUUUUCUUGUCCCCUAAGGUGAAAAUACACAUUGUUGAGUGUCAUGCCUGAACGCUUUGUCAUAUUGACACAAAAUUUGACACACACGUGUAUCUCAAUAAGAUCUACAAAAAAGUCAAAGAGCGCGUAUCUGUAUAAUGUACGGUUAAAGGGCUAUUUCUCAUUUUUUGCCGAUCCGCACACAUUGGAAUUUCGCUAACUCCUCCUAAGGCUUUCGUUCUACUGACACCAAAUUUGCUCAGGCCAAUCUACACCCCAUGGCCAUUCAAAGUUGUACAAAUCAUGACGCUGCACCCCACGGUUUAGGUUCUAGGGGGCGCCAAAGAUGACCCAAAUAUCCACAUUUUUAAAAGUCCUAUAACUUUUUAUUUUUGUCCUCACUGGCCUCCAAGUUUUCUAGGAUGAUGCAAUGUGCAGCCAUCAACACAUCUGUGAAGGAAUUUUUUCUCCCCAAAAGUGCGCCCCCCCCAUGGCAGGAGAAAAAGUCAAGUUUUUCCAGCCCAUCGCUUAAUGGCUCAAACGCAUUGCUCUCCCGCUAAAACCAAAAGGAGGAGCAACUUGCCAUUUGGAUAUGUCCUAGCUGUGUUUGUGCCCUCACUCAUGGUCCAGAGUUUUUUCAAAUAGGACAUGUAGUUUGUCUGCAGCGAGCGUUUUGGUAGAAACUGUGCCUCCCAUUCAUUAUAAUGGGAAAUGACCAAAGACAGGUGCGCACACCAUCUUUGGACCUUGACUUUGACGUCACAGUUUGAGAUACAAAUGUUAUUUGACCUCUGACCUUUGGUGGACACCCUAACCUUUCAACCCGCGAAAACGGCGUUUCAAUAGCUCUUACGGCUUUCCUACAAAUACACUUUGUUCAGCUACUCCUACUGUCCUUUAAGCUCUGCUUCUCAGAUCAUCAAAGAGUGUGCACGUGUGUAAUGAGCGCAUAUUGAAUGUUAAUUAUGUUAAAUAUGUUAAUUAUUAGAAGAAAAAACAACAACAGUCCUUUUGGACAAAAUUUCUUUUUAUUACAGAAUUAGAAUAAUGGAAGCAUAGUCCAAGGAAACCAUUCAAGUGAUGUCAUACCUCAUAAUUUAUUGAGAUGUUGGCUAGUCUGGGCAUUUCUUCAUUCAUCAGGUUUCCUGUAUGCAUACUAACAGAGCACAUCAGUAGCAGUGAGUGAUAAGUAUGAGUGUGUCAUUGUGUAAGAAAGAAAGUGGUUUACUUACACAUCCAUAGAAAAUAGGUGGUUGAGCACAGCACGCAAACAAAGCUUUGCCACAACGGUUGAACUUCCCAAGUAGCUGAUACCAAGGUCACACAAUCAUGGUGAGCAAAGGUCAAACCAGGCCAGGCACUCACGAGGCUGGCUGUGGCAAGUGUAAGUGAAAGCAACACGCAAUGGCAGGAAGAACAGCAAACACCGAUGAAGGAAAAGGGUCUUUGCAGUGAUGGGCGUCACCAGAGAGGGCGAUGGCCAGAGGGCACGAAUGGGACGGGGAGGCGGUCGCGCUGGGGGCGGCGCGACGCGGCUCGGGCCCGCCAGUGCCCCAACGGGGCCCUAGUUAUUUUUCCUCCGCUUUAAACUGGAAAAUGGCCCACUUCCCACUGGCGAAAACUCAGGAAAUUUGGCAGGACGACCGGGCCUGGUGAAAAAUUUGAUAUUCUGAAGUCGCCCAAACAAAAAAAUGAAAAAUGGCUCCAUAGCGCCCCCUAUGGUGAAAACUCACCUGACGCCUGUACGCUUUGUCAAAAUGACACAAAAUUUGACACACAUGUGUAUCUCAAUAAGAUCUACAAAAAAGUCAGUGCGGGCGUAUCUGUCAAAUGUACGGUUAAAGGGCUAUUUCGCAUUUUUUGCCGAUCCGCACACAUUGGAAUUUCGCUAACUCCUCCGAAGGCUUUCGUUCCACCGGCACCAAAUUUGCUCAGGCCAAUCUACACCCCAUGGCCAUUAAAAGUUGUACAAAUCAUGAUGCUGCACCCCACGGUUUACGUUCUAGGGGGCGCCAAAAAUAACCCAAAAAUCCACAUUCUUAAAAGUCUUAUAACUUUUUAUUUUUGUCCUCACUGGCCUCCAAGUUUUCUAGGAUGAUGCAAUGUCCAGCCAUCAACACAUUUGUGAAGGAAUUUUUACUCGCCAAAAGAGUGCCCCCCCAUGGCAGGAGAAAAAAGUCCAUUUUUUCUAGUCCCCUAAGGCGAAAAUACACAUUGUUGAAUGUCACGCCUGUACGCUUUGUCAUAUUGACACAAAAAUUGACACACACAUGUAUCUCAAUAAGAUCUACAAAAAAGUCAGUGCGGGCGUAUCUGUCAAAUGUACGGUUAAAGGGUUAUUUCGCAUUUUUUGCCGAUCCGCACACAUUGAAAUUUCGCUAACUCCUCCAAAGGCUUUCGUUCCACCGGCACCACAUUUGCUCAGGCCAAUCUACACCCCAUGGCCAUCGAAAGUUGUACAAAUCAUGACGCUGCACCCCACGGUUUAGGUUCUAGGGGGCGCCAAAGAUAACCAAAAAAUCCACAUUCUUAAAAGUCUUAUAACUUUUUAUUUUUUUCCUCACUGGCCUCCAAGCUCUCUAGGAUGAUGCAAUGUCCAGCCAUCAACAUAUUUGUGAAGGAAUUUUUACUCCCCAAAAGAGCGCCCCCACAUGGCAGGAGAAAAAAGUCCAUUUUUUCUUGUCCCCUAAGGUGAAAAUACACAUUGUUGACUGUCACGCCUGUACGCUUUGUCAUAUUGACACAAAAAUUGACACACACAUGUAUCUCAAUAAGAUCUACGAAAAAGUCAAUGGGCACGUAUCUGUAAAAUGUACGGUUAAAGGGCUAUUUUGCAUUUUUUGCUGAUUCGCACACAUUGGUAUGUGGCUAACUCGUCCUACAGCUUUCGUCCCACUGACACCAAAUUUGCUCAGGCCAAUCUACACCCCAUGGCCAUUCAAAGUUGUAAAAAUCAUGACGCUGCACCCCACGGUUUACGUUCUAGGGGGCGCCAAAGAUGACCCAAAUAUCCAUAUUCUUAAAAGUGUUAUAACUUUUUAUUUUUGUCCUCACUGGCCUCCAAGUUUUCUAGGAUGAUGCAAUGUCCAGCCAUCAACACAUUUGUAAAGGAAUUUUUACUCCCGAAAAAGAGCGCCCCCCCAUGGCAGGAGAAAAGAGUCCAUUUUUUCUUGUCCCCUAAGGUGAAAAAACACAUUGUUGACUGUCACGCCUAUACGCUUUGUCAAAAUCACACAAAAUUUGACACACACGUGUAUCUCAAUAAGAUCUACGAAAAAGUCGAUGGGCACAUAUCUGUAAAAUGUACGGUUAAAGGGCUAUUUCGCAUUUUUUGCCGAUUCGCACACAUUGGAAUGUGGCUAACUCCUCCUAAGGCUUUCGUCCCACCGACACCAAAUUUGCUCAAGCCGAUCUACAUCCCAUGGCCAUUCAAAGUUGUAGAAAUCAUGACGCUGCUCCCCACGGUUUACGUUCUAGGGGGCGCCAAAGAUGACCCAAAUAUCCACAUUCUUAAAAGAAUCCACAUCGCCCCCCCCCCCCGCCCCCAAGGCAGGAGAAAAAGUCAAGUUAACCCUGCCCAUCGGUCAAUGGCUCAAUCGCAUCGCUCUCCCAGCAACACCGUAAGGAGGAGCAACUUGCCAUUUGGAUAUAUCCUAGCUGUGUUUGUGCCCUCACUCAUGGUCCAGACUUUUUUCAAAUAGGACAUGUAGUUUGUCUGCAGCGACUGUUUUGGUAGAAACUGCGCCUCCCAUUCAUUAUAAUGGGAAAUGACCACAGACAAGUGCGCACACCAUCUUUGGACCUUGAGUGUGACGCGAUUGGGAGGGGGAGGCGGUCGAGCUGGGGGCGGCGCGACGCGGCUCGGGCCCGACCCUAGUUAUUUUUCCUCCGCUUUAAACUGGAAAAUGGCCCACUUCCCACUGGCGAAAACUCAGGAAAUUUGGCAGGACGACCGGGCCUGGUGAAAAAUUCGAUAAUCUGAAGUCGCCCAAACAAUAAAAUGCAAAAUGGCUCCAUAGCGCCCCCUAAGGUGAAAAUUCACAUGACGGCUGUACGCUUUGUCAUAUUGACAGAAAAAUUGACACACACGUGUAUCUCAAUAAGAUCUACAAAAAAGUCAGUGCGGGCGUAUCUGUCAAAUGUACGGUUAAUGGGUUAUUUUUCAUUUUUUGCAGAUCUGCACACAUUGGAAUUUCGCUAACUCCUCCGAAGGCUUUCGUUCGACCGGCACCACAUUUGCGCAGGCCAAUCUACACCCCAUGGCCAUUAAAAGUUGUACAAAUCAUGACGCUGCACCCCACGGUUUACGUUCUAGGGGGCGCCAAAGAUAACCCAAAAAUCCACAUUCUUAAAAGUCUUAUAACUUUUUACUUUUGUCCUCACUGGCCUCCAAGUUUUCUAGGAUGAUGCAAUGUCCAGCCAUCAACACAUUUGUGAAGGAAUUUUUACUCCCCAAAAGAGCGCCCCCCAAUGGCAGGAGAAAAAGCUCCAUUUUUUCUUGUCUCCAAAGGUCAAAAUACACAUUGUCGAGUGUCACGUUUGUAUGCUUUGUCAUAUUGACACAAAAUUUGACAAUCACAUGUAUCUCAAUAAGAUCUACGAAAAAGUCAAAGGGCAUGUAUCUGUCAAAUGUACAGUUAAAGGGCUAUUUUGCAUUUUUUGCUGAUCCGCACACAUUGGAAUUUCACUAACUCCUCCGAAGGCUAUCUUUCCACCGGCACCAAAUUUGCUCAGGCCAAUCUACACCCCAUGGCCAUUAAAAGUUGUACAAAUCAUCUUGCUGCACCCCACGGUUUGGGUUCUAGGGGGCACCAAAUAUAACCCAAAAAUCCACAUUCUUAAAAGUCUUAUAACUUUUUAUUUUUUUCCAUACUGGCCUCCAAGUUUUUUAGGAUGAUGCAAUGUCCAGCCAUCAACACAUUUGUGAAGAAAUUUUUACUCCCCAAAAGAGCGCCCCCCCAUGGCAGGAGAAAAAAGUCAAUUUUUUCUUAUCCCGAAAGGUGAAAAUACACGUUGUUGAGUGUCACGCCUUUACGCUUUGUCAUAUUGACAAAAAAAUUGACAAUCAUGUGUAUCUCAAUUAGAUCUACGAAAAAGUCAAAGAGCGCGUAUCUGUAUAAUGUACGGUUAAAGGGCUAUUUUGCAUUUUUUGCCGAUUCGCACACAUUGGAAUGUGGCUAUCUCCUCCUAAGGCUUUCGUCCCACCGAUACCAAAUUUGCUCAGGGCAAUCUACACCUCAUGCCCAUUCAAAGUUGUAAAAAUCAUGACGCUGCACCCCACGGUUUACGUUCUAGGGGGCGCCAAAGAUGACCCAAAAAUCCACAUUCUUAAAAGUCAUUUUGGCCACUGCAGGAGUACAGAGUACUGCAGUUCUAGGGGGCGCCAAAGAUGACCCAAAAAUCCACAUUCUUAAAAGUCUUUUUGGCCACUGCAGGAGUACAGAGUACUGCAGGAUACACACACAUAUACACACACGCCAACAUACACACACACACACACACACACAGACACACACACACACACUCAGAGUCUGGUUUUUAGCACCUUCAAAAACAUGCUGUUUACAUAUUUGACAAGAAUGCAGAGGCUUCCUUUUGCCCCUGAAAAAAAUCAAAUUUCAAACACAACUUGACUGUUCAUUUCUCCAAAAGACAACCAUGAAGCUCCAUUUCAAACCUGAAGCAGAUAGUUGGUGCAUGUGUACAGUAACCUGAGGGGAGUGAGGUGACUAUUUCUGAGGAGAACAUGAGCAGUGAAGAUUCACCUUGGAGCAAGAACAGGGACGUGCACAUGAUUAUACAGGGGCAGGGGCUCAAGUUUUUUCCAGUCAUUUAUACAAUAUGGAAAUUAAUGUGAAAUUAAACCACAAAUAUGUGUGAUGAACUGUUUUUAAAACUUAAACUUCAAAUAAAAAUUGUAAACUUCAAAACAUAUGCAAAUUUUUAACAAAGAACAUAGUAAUUUACCUCUAUUUACAUCAAAAUGCAGGCAAUGGCCCAGGCGUUCUUUGUAAAAUUAUUUACAAAACACUGUAUAGUCUCACAAAUGUCACUUUUUAUUUAUGCCACUACAAAAAAACAUGAUGUAAAUGAUGCAUGAUGUAAAACAUGAUGUAAAAAACUUGUGUAGAUCCUCCUCUAUGUCAGUCCAUGUGUAAUUUUUCCAUAAUUCUUUGUUUUUUGCAGCAUUUUUGUUAGUGUAACUGCAGAUUGUGCUGACAGUGUCUAUGGCACAAAAAAAAAAAAAAUUUAAAAUGCCUCAACAUGAACCCCUGGUGGUCUCUGAGGGUGAAACCUGCUAACUGCUGCAGCUCAGUCAGCUUCAGUCUCCCAUGCAGAGCUCUGAGUGCAUGUGUGGCUCUGCACCCUUAGCAGCGUUGCUAACUCCUCAGUAAGGAAAGCCUGCUUCAUGUCAGAGUCUCUAAACUCCAGAAGAAGUCGAUAAAAGUCCCUUUCUUUCUAAAAAAAAGUCGUUAGGGGGUCUGAAAAGUCAUUGAAUCUAACAACAAAGUCGCUAGGUUUGCAACUACGUGUCCCAGACUGCAUCCCUGCUGAGAGUCCCUCCCUCCCUUCUCAUGUUGCAGGAAGAACGUAAGCGCCCGCCCCUUGUCAAUCAGUCACCAUAUAAUUUUGGAUUGGUUGUUGUGGUGAAGUUUUCCACCAAUAGGAGAGAUGUUGUGGUGUGUUUUUUUUUUUCUUUUGGCAAGCCUUUUCCGCCUGUAAGACCUGUCACUAAUGUCUGCAUGCUAUGUUUUCCUGUCUCAUACAGCGCGAUCGAGCGCCGAACGUGAUCAAAACAAGCAGAAAAAAAGUAUCGCGGACAUAAUUUAUCAUAACUCUGGUUUUAUUUGGCCUAUCAACACAAUUUAAAAACUGGCUCGGGCCCGCCAGUGCCCCAACGGGGUCCUAGUUUUUUUUAUAACUCUAAGCUCUUUAGCUUCUUUUAGAUUUCUCUUCUCUUUUCUUCCUCAGUUUCUUGUUAAUGUUUUUUUUUUUUUUGUCUGGAGGAGUAUUUUCAUUUUAUGCCUUUUAUGUACAUCCUGCUGGAGGUGUACUCUCAAUCAUGUGCCCAUGUUCCUGAUAAGUAAGACAUCCAGCUGCACGGACCAUUAAUUUUUUCAGCUGCACGUAUUUCACAUUUAGGUUUGAACACUUCAGAUCAAAUUUAACCUGAAAUAUCUCAACUUUAGGGCUCUGACUCAGAAGAAUCCUGAGGCAAAGACUGUUGCCUGUCUCUCAAACCUACCUUAUGUAGGUGUCAUGCUGGGGGAAAUGAACAAAAUCUCAGUUUUAUUAUGAAGUAAGGUAGUGAACAAAAGCAAAUUUUGGUCAGUGACUCAAUUUAAAGUUGGGUUAGCAGAGAAAUUUAUUUUAAAAAAUUGAGAUUUUUUGUUUAACCUCUUAACAAUCUUUUGAAAAGUAAGAACAUCGUAGGCAGUCUGGGGGACUUGAAAAGAUUACAGCUGUAAAUAUUUGUCAAACAAAAGUGUCCAGUUCCAUUUAUUUUGCUGGAUUGUCGAGUUUUAACUACAUUGAGUAGAUAGAGCUGAUUUUUGCAGCAAUUUUUUAAAUACACGCAUAAGACUGGUUUAAUGCAAAUUGACCUAAUGAGAUGAUAGUUUUGUCUCAAUUAACAAAUCAGUAUCAAACUGCUGUUAGUACUUUUUGCAUGUUUAAAGUGUUGUUUAGGUAUUAGUUGAUUGCUUUACUUUUUUUUAUUUGAUGAGAACUUCGGGCGAUUCAUGUUGAUUUUUUUAAGUUUUAAACAAUUCAUCUUUAAAGAAUAUCGCUGUCCACAAAAUGGACUUUAUUUGCUUUUUUAUAAUUAUUUAUGAUGCCUUAAACUGCAGGUGGAGGUAGGUGUUGGUCAGAUUGAUUACUUAUAUGCUUCUGAAAAAGUCUUGUGUUAUAUUUUUCUGUAGAAUCAUGCAGAAUGUACUUUUUUUUUGUUUGAAAACAAGACUCAAAGCACCUCUGAGGAUCUUUCUCUCAGUGUUAACUUUGGCGCCCUCUGUAGGGAAAGUGACGACCCUUAUAUCACUGCUGCUUUUAGAUAAAUAGAUAGACAGAUAGAUAGAUAGAUGGACAGAUAGACUUUAUUGAUCCCAAACUGGGAAAUUCACAUGUUACAGCAGCAAAAAAAAACAAAAUUAAAUUAAAUAUAAGAAGAAGUAAGUACAAUACAGACUAAAAAUACUAAGUAUAUACAAUAAAUACAGACUAAAUAUACUAAACAUCCUAAGAGAAAAAAGUGAGAUAUGAACAAUGUGGGCUGUUGAAAUGAGUAAUAAAUAUGAAAUGAGUUAUAAAUAUGAAAUGUGAAAUAUAACAGAUGGGAUGGUAAAUAAACAGACAAAUUAAGGUGCUCGGUAAUGUGAUGUCAUAGGAGUUUUAAAAAUGGACUAUACAGCAGACAGGUGUGAGUCCCUGUCUGACAGAUGUGAGUUAUUGAACAGUGCAAUAGCUUGUGGCAGGAAAGAUUUCCUGUAUCUGUCCCUUCGACAGCGGAGCUGCAACAGUCUGUUGGAGAGGGAGCUCCGCUGUCUGUCCAGAGUGAGGUGGAGAGGGUGGUCAGGGUUAUCCUUGAUGGAUAACAGUUUGGUCAGUGUCCUCCUCUCCACCACAGCCUCCACAGUGUCCUGUUUGCAGCCAAUCACGGAGCCAGCCUUCCUGAUCAGUUUGUUGAGUCUGUUGGUGUCACUGGCUCCGAUGCUGCUCCCCCAACAAACCACGGCAAAGAAAAGUACGCUGGCCACCACAGACUGGUAGAACAUCUCCAACAUCUUGCUGCACAUGUUGAAGGAUCUCAGCUUCCCCAGGAAGUAGAGUCUGCUCAUCCCCUUCUUGUAGACAGCGUCGGUGUUGGAUUUCUAGUCCAGUCUGUUGUUGAUAUUGACGCCCAGGUACUUGCAGACCUCCACCUCCUCCACAUCUUCUCCCAUGAUGCACAGUGGCUGUGAAGCCAUCCUCUUCUUCCUGAAGUCGAUGACCAUCUCUCUGGUCUUGGUGACAUUCAGCCUCAGGUGAAUCUCAGGUGAAACUCCACAAAGUUAUCCACCACUGCUCUGUACUCCCCAUCCCUUCCCUCGCUUAUACACCCAAAAACAGCCGAGUCAUCAGAAAAUUUCUGUAGGUGGCAUGACUCGGAGUUGUACUGAAAGUCAGUGGUGUACAAGGUGAAAAGGAAAGAGGACAGCACAGUCCCCUGUGGAGCUCCUGCAUCACUGACCACCACGUCAGACAGAACACUGCCCAGACGGACAAACUGUGGCCUGUCCGUCAGAUAGUCAGUGAUCCAGGAGACAAGGCUGUGGUGCUGUGUGCAUCACUGGUGUUUGCAUACAGCAGAUCCAGGGUUUUAUUUUCUCUUUUUUUUGUAUCUCUUCCUCAUGUCUAAUGCAGUGGUCUUAUUGCAAUGAUAUUGAGAUUGAGAGAUUGAGAUUUGAUUUAUUGGUCCCCUUGGGGAAAUUCAUCUUCACUGACUGUACGUUAUAGGAAAGACAACGACAUUGCACAUUACAAACAUUAAGGACAGACAUAAAUAGUGUGGGACAGUGACAACAGCAAGAGGUGACAGGCUGGUCAGAUAGGUCAGCGGCAUUGCUGUUAAGGGCGGCGAUAGCUGCAGGAAUCAGGCUUUUCCCAAGACGGGCCCUCCUGAAUUUUAGUGUCCUGUCCCUGCGCCCAGAGGGUAGUGGAAUGAUGUGUCGGUGUAAUCGGUGAGUGAUGUCUUGAACUAGUGUGUUUGCCAGUCGAGUGAUGGACCUGUUAUUUAAUUCUGUAAGGUUGGGUGUGGGGAGGCCAGUGAUUUUAGCAGCUAUAUUUGUGAGGCGUGACAGUUUGGCCCGGUUGGUGACAGAUAGCAUGGUGUAAAAACAUGUGGAGCAGUACAGAAGGAUGGGUUGUUUAAUGCUUUUGUAGAGUAACAACAGAAGAUGAGGUGCAACAUAUAGUCCUUUUUAAGUUUGCGGAUGGCUGACAGUCUUUGUUGGCUCCUUUUUUGAAUGUCCGUGGUGUGCUGAUCAAAGGUGAGUUUAUUGUCCAGAGUUAUUCCAAGAUAUUUAAAAGUGUCGACUGUCUCAACUGUUUGUGCGUUUAUGAUGAUGGGAUCCUGGGGUGAGGGGGGGCUGAACCAUAAUUCUUUAGUUUUAUUGACGUUGAUCUCCAGGUAACUGUCUGUGCAUAGCCUGGUGAAGUGGGUGAGUGUGUUUAUUCAUCCCUCCUAAUGCACAAUUGCCUCAAGAAGAGUAACUAAAGCCUUUAAACAUGAGACAGGAGAUAUUACUUUGUCCACAGGGGGUGCCAAAAUCAACACAAUCUGAACAUUCCUCACAGGAGCUUUAAUUCGUGUUCAAUUUCACCUCUUAUUACCUGGCAGCAGGAUCCCUCCUUUCUCAGCGUAGCCCUGACCGUCAGUAAUAGUUGUUAUCUGCAGUUGUCAGUGACUAUUGGGAAAACAUUUUUGGCAGGAAUUAUCGGUGCUAUUCAGAAAACUCCUGAAGGUAAAAUAAAAUGAUCUGUGUAAACUGCACCCAUAUUUUUUCUUAGCCCCUGAGAAAACAGGAAAUCACACCAAGAGUAAACUUGCAGUCACUCCAAAAGUAUCUGAUCAGAGGGCGGAUUUGUUCCCUGAACAUCUUACAUGUGUUUACUGUCUGUUUCUCUCAGCAGGAUGGCCUGGUGAAGGGGAUAAAGGAGGAGAACUGGAACCAGCACAAGGAUCUAGAGAGUCACUCUGGGAUCUUCUUGGAAAAACUCAUCCAGCCCGCUCAGACGGACUGAGGCAGCAGUCUUGACUCAGCCUGUAAUACUCUUCUUUUUUUUUUAGUUUUACCCAGAACUUGGUGACUCAUGCACACUUACACCCACUCACUGAGGGAGGGAACCCAUAUGUUUUAGGUGCAGAGUCUGUACAAACAGACAUGGGACUGACAAACACAUGGUUACUCACAUGCUACCAUGUUGCAGCUUGUGGAGCAAAAGUGACUUUAAAAACAUGAUGUAGGAGAUGUUCAGACGGGUAAAUAUAACAGUAUUUUUUCACCACCCUCUUUUAAAGAUAUCAAAGACUUACUUUAACACUGUGAAAAAAAUCUUUUAUAAUGAUUCUGUAAUCUUUGUAUAUUUUCCAAAUAAAGUUAGAAAUAAACAAGAAGCUGAAGUAAUUCUUGGAAUUCUAUUCUGCAAGUUUUAAGAUUAAAUAUUUGACAUUUACACUUCAAGAGCGUCAGAUAAUAUGUUUUACAUUUGAUUUGUAUCUUGUAAAUAAAGUAAAUUGUUGUUACAAACCCCAAGAUAAACAGCUUGAGCUUGUGAGAGGACGUCGUGAUUCACCAGAAAGGAAUGUGAAAAUAUUGUCAAGACCUGGAACUGAGACACAAGGGCUGAUUGACUGUGAAGAGUUCAUGGCAGAAAGUCUAUCUGAGAGCCACUUCUCUUGGAUUUGCAGCUCGACUGUGUAUUGCAGUGUUGCAGUUUGUACUGAUCAGCAGAUGUUACAAACACUGACAUGGCAAUAGCUAGGACAUGGGAAAAGACAAGAUACAGGUAUCCACAAAUACAGUAUUACAGGUUUUAUUCCUUUGUUCAAAGUUUUCUUUGAUUAGCUGACUGGGUUUUUGUUUUCUAAGCUUGGCGUGGUUACAGCUCAAAAAGCCAUUUAUUGUUGUCUGCACUCUCAUAACUGAAACCUGGUUUAGUCAAAACAACUCUGACUCCAGUGUGAAUCUACCUGACUUCACUCCCAUAAGGUCAGACAGAGAUGCUAAAGCUAGUGGCAAGAAAAAAGAGCGGGUCUGGCUUUAUUUGUUAACCAGAAAUGGUGUAACUCUUCACAUCCAACUGUCUAGGAGAAGUUGUGUUGCCCAGAUAUUGAUCUGUUGGCAGUUGCUCUUUGAGUAAGCUGUCAUUUCGGUUCCUGCAUCAGGGGUGUUGGUCCAAGGCGGUGUGAAGAGUUGUUUCAUUUUGUAUCACCUCAGAUGACCUCUCUGAACAAAACCAGUAGGGUUUUUCCAGGACAAAGACAGCAUUUCCCAUGAGCAGCAUCAUCCAAGAUUGUGAGGGUGAGUCUCUUGUAGGUGUAUAUUUGUUGUGAGAGCAAAUAAAUGGAAUUCGGAAAUUUUUAACAUCCGGAUUCUCUUCUUCAAGACAAUCUUUUGUAGGAUGCGGAGUGAUGAUGGAAUGUUUUAAUUGAUAGAUAAUUAAGAUUAUAUUCCUAAAUAAGUACUAAGAGGAAGGGGAAAGUGUGUGUUUUAGAAUUUUUUAUUGACAGGGAGAACUAUCCAAAUUAUCCACCAAGUUUGGUAAUGAUUUUGGUUUAUGUAUAUGACAAAGCCUCUGAGAUCUUUUGAAUUCCCCAGAAAAAGGUUCAGGUUCCCAGUUUGAGAAUCAACAUUUGAUAUCCUUAGAAGUGGAAUCAGUCACAUUUCUGCAUAAUGGGAAAAAGUCCUUGAUGCAAAGCUGGAAAAGUUGUUGUGAAAUAAAGUUUGGAAUGUAUGUGCGUGCGUGCGUGUGAUGUCUGUCUGUCUGUCACAAAUUUUAUUCAUUUAUUUCAUGGGACAUUGCACUUUAAUAAACAUAUGUAAAAGUGCCAGAUUGUAGCCAGAGGCAUAUUUCCAUCUGUGGUCUCUGGCAGGUUGAUUGUAAACAUAUAAAUGUAUAUGAAGCAUGUACAUUAGAUAAAACUGAAUUAAAAGUACACAUAUUUGGACAACAA